AGGCACCACAAGCCUCUCCCAGUCAAAGCAAAGCCCCUCCUAUCCCAUCAGAGCGCCGCCCUCCAACACCAAAUUCACUCGCGCUCGCUACAAGUUCCAAGAGCCGGCGUCGGCACCGUUAAACGCACGCGGAACCUCCUCCUCCACGCGUGCUUGCGGGUCAGCUACAUUUCGAGGGUUCGUGGGGUGGGGGUUGGUGUUGGUGUUUCCACCAAUUUUCCAAUGGGAAUGUCCAGGGCUGGAGCCAGGGCAAGAUCCCGUGCGGGAUGUGCAGCCCUGCCCGCUGCCCUCCUGUGCCUGGCCGCUGCCCUCCUCGGCUGCGCACGCGGGCUCAGCCGGGAUGAGCUGCUGCAGCACGGAGAGAGGUCGGGGGACCAGGUGCUCCCGAGCGGAGACGACGCAAGCUUCGGACCGCUGCGGUUCGCUCAACCCCUGUUCCUCUACUCGACGCCCUACAGCGAGCUCUACGUGGGUACGAACGGAGUGCUCUCGCCUCUGCCGCUGCCGAGCCAGGCGCAGUACGUGGACGAGGGCUUCCCCACCAACUUUCCAGCCAUCGCCCCUUUCCUGGCCGACCUGGCCACGUCGGCGGAGUCCCAGCGCGGCCGGGUGCUCUUCCGGCACGAGAGCGUGUCGGCCGCGUCCACCCAGGCCCUCUGGAGGGCCGGGGAGAUGGUCCGCUCCGCCUUCCCGGCGCUCGUGGGGUUCUCGCCCGGUGAGAUUGUCGUGGUCACGUGGGACCAGGUGGGAUCCUACCAGGAGCCCGAUUCGCACAAGGCCAACACGUUCCAGGCAGUCGUUGCGUGGGACCAUGCGGACACGUACGCUCUAUUCCUCUACCCGGAGGACGGCCUGCGCUUCUUCGGGACGCGGCCACGCGCCUCCUUCUACGCCAACCUGGAGUUGCCGGCUCGCGUCGGCUUCAGCGGCGGAGCGAGCGACGGAGCAGCGGAAGGUCGCGCCUACUCGCUCACCAGCACGGAGCAGUCAGUGAAGAACCUCUACCAGACGGGGAACUCUGGAACUCAGGGCGUUUGGGUUUUCCACAUAGGCAGCGCCUCUGGAUUAGGGGACAUUGAACCGGCGAAGAGGACAGAAGAAGUGUGGCAACUGCAACACCAAUACAAUCUUGCUCCUUUGCCCAAGUGGGACCUGCAAGAGCCUGCCAACGGGAAUGACGACUUCUACCCGGUGUACACCGACGAAACCGACCUCGAUGACCUGGAUGAGCACCCGAGGCCCGCGGCGCCCACCCAGCCCGCACCCCGCGCCCAACCUCCACCUUACCCGGAAACAUACCCGUACCCGGCACCCGACCACCGCAUCACCCAGCACUACCCCGACCCUCACGGCGCCGACGAGCGGACGCAGCAGCUUCCCGACGGGCGGCAGACUCACGACGGUCACCGAGAGCCGUACGGGCAGCCGGAGCGGCAUCCCGAGCGGCAGUGGCACGAGCAGCCCGGGGAGCACGGCCGUCGAGAGGGAGAUCCGCAGCAGAACGUCGAUGAGCGGCAAUAUCACGUCCAGCAGCCUUACCAUGACCCCCAACCACAUCCUUACCCUGACCAGCAACCACAGCCUUACCCUGAGUACCAACCACAACCUUACCCUGAGUCCCAACCACAGCCUUACCCUGAGUCCCAACCACAACCUUACCAUGACCCCCAACCACAACCUUACCAUGACCCCCAACCACAACCUUACCAUGACCCCCAACCACAUUCUUACCAUGACCCCCAACCACAUCCUUACCCUGACCAGCAACCACAGCCUUACCCUGAGUCCCAACCACAGCCUUACCCUGACCCCCAACCACAGCCUUACCCUGAGUACCAACCACAACCUUACCAUGACCCCCAACCACAUCCUUACCAUGACCCCCAACCACAGCCUUACCCUGACCCCCAACCACAGCCUUACCCUGACCCCCAACCACAGCCUUACCCUGAGUCCCAACCACAGCCUUACCAUGACCCCCAACCACAACCUUACCCUGAGUACCAACCACAACCUUACCCUGAGUCCCAACCACAACCUUACCCUGAGUCACAACCACAACCUUACCCAGAGUCACAACCACAACCUUACCAUGAUCCCCAGAGUUACCCAGAGUCAGGCAGAGGCGAUGUCGCGCAGGUGCCGCGCCACAACCACUACGUCCCCCCUCGUCAGGGCUGCGACACGGGCCGUGCGGAAUGCUCCCCCCUGGCCGAAUGCACGGAGCACGCGACUGGAUUCUGCUGCCACUGCCGGUCGGGACAUCUGGGCAACGGCAAAGACUGCUUCCAGGACGGCCACCCCCAGCGGGUCAACGGCAAAGUCCGUGGCCGCGUGAGUCUCCGCGGCGUGGAGUCCGAGCUGGCCGAGGCCGACCUGCACGCCUACGUGGUGUCGGCGGACGGGCGCGUCUACGCGGCCGUGAGCCGCGUGCCGCCGGCUCUGGGCUGGGCUCUGCAGCUGCUGCCCUCGCUCGCCUCGCCCCUCGCCUGGCUCUACUCGCCCGGGCCGGGCGGACAGCGCGGCUUCGGCGUUGCCGGCGGGCGCCUCGUGCAGCGCGCCACCGUCACCUUCUCGCCGGGCGGCGAGCGUCUGCACGUGACGCAGCGCUUCUCGGGGCUGGACCCGCGCGGGUACCUGGCCGCCAGCGUGGAGCUGUCGGGAAGCCUCCCCCACGUGGAGCCGCUCGCUCGCGUCGACUCCGACUCCUACACCGAGACGUACCACCAGACCCACGCCGGCUCGAUGUCCGUGCGGUCGCAGCAGCAGCUGACGGUGACCGCCAACGGCGAGCAGACCUCGCUGGUGCUGGACCUGACCCAGAACCUGACGUACGACGCCGUGGCGCCGGCGUGCGCUCGCUCCGGCGACGCGGCCCCCCCGGCCUUCGUCAUGGAGCGCGUGUUUGCGCUGUACAACCCCAGCGAGAGCGUGCUGCGCUACUCCAUCACGGGCAGGAGGAGCGCCCAACCAGAGCGGCCCCCUGCCCCGCCGAGGGAUCCCUGCGCGGAGCGGACGCACGGCUGCGGGGAGAACGCUCGCUGCCUCCCCGGUGCCAGCCCCAACGAGUACCGAUGCGAGUGCCUGCCAGGCUUCGAAGGCGACGGCCGGUACUGUUACGAGCGGCCCCCUGCUCCGCCGAGGGAUCCCUGCGCGGAGCGGACGCACAGCUGCGGAGAGAACGCUCGCUGCCUCCCCGGCACCGGCCCCGCCGAGUACCGAUGCGAGUGCCUGCCAGGCUUCGAUGGCGACGGCCGGUACUGUUACGAUGUGGACGAGUGCCGGGCGAACCCGUGCGGGACGUCGAGCCGCUGCGAGAACUUCGCCGGCUCCUACCGGUGCGGGCCUCCCGAGUGUCCCCAUGGCUACCAGCCGACUCCCGAGGGGCACGGUUGCGCAGAUACCGACGAAUGCCAGGUGAACCGUUGCGGUCCUUACGGCCAAUGUGAAAACCUGCCGGGGUCGUACAGAUGCCACUGUUCGGCCGGCUACCAGCCAAGUCCUGAUGGUUACACAUGCAUAGAGCAAGCCCCCCCGAGCGAUCCGUGCCGGGAUGGCAGAAACAACUGCGCACCUCCGGACCGGGCCCGUUGCCUACACGUGGGCGGAGAGGAGUUCACGUGCAUCUGUCUACCCGGCUACUGGGGCAACGGCCACCGCUGCGACGACGUGGACGAGUGCGUGACACGCGUGUGUCACAACGACGCCGCGUGCCACAACACCCCCGGCUCCUUUGCCUGCCGCUGCCGCCAGGGCUAUGACGGUGACGGUUUCAACUGCGCGCCCGUGGCCACAGAGGCCCCGUCCCGUCAGCGCACGCCGUGCGAGCAGUGGAGGGACAGCGUCCUUGGCGCCGCGAGCCCCCGCGGCCCGCGCCCGCCCAUCGUGGGCCGCUACGUGCCGCAGUGCGACGAGCACGGGGCCUUCCGUCCCGUGCAGUGCCACGGCAGCACGGGCAACUGCUGGUGCGUGACGCGCGACGGGCAGGAGGUGGCCGGCACGCGCAGCCCGCCCGGAUCCGAGCCCCCGUGCCUCCCGACGAGCGCUCCGCCGGUGCUCGACCCGACAACUCGCCCCGUGGUCCACCCGGGCCCUCCCGGCACGCAGCUGCUCUACGCCCAGGGGCAGCAGAUCGGCACGGUGCCGCUGCACGGCACCAGCAUGAACGCGGGCGACGCCAGGAUCCUGGUGUCCGUCCACGGAUCGGUGAACGUGGGCAUCGACUUCGACUGCGUGGAGGGCAUGGUCUACUGGACCGACGUGGUGGGACGCACCAUCAACCGCGUCGGCCUGCGCGGCGGAGAGCCCCAGAGCAUCAUCGCCACCGACCUCAUGAGCCCGGAGGGGCUGGCGAUCGACCACCUAAGCCGCAACAUCUUCUGGGUGGACUCGGGGACCGACCGCGUGGAGGUGGCGCGCCUGGACGGCUCGUCGCGCCGCACGCUCGUCACCUCCGACCUCGUGAACCCGCGCGCCAUCGUCGCCGACCCCGUGCAGGGGAUGCUCUACUGGACCGAUUGGAACCGCGAGGGCCCCAAAAUCGAGAGCGCACACAUGGACGGCACGGGCCGCCGCGUGCUGGUCGGACACGACAUUGGGCUGCCCAACGGCCUGACCUUCGACCCGGCCACCCGCACGCUCUGCUGGGUGGAUGCAGGCACCAAGCGUCUGGAGUGCGUGCAGUCGGAUGGCACAGCAAGGCGCGUGCUCACGUCUGGGAUGCUCUACCCGUUCAGCCUCACCAGGCUGGCAAACUACUUCUACUACACCGACUGGAAGAGGGACGGCGUGCGGGCCCUCAGGAACGAUGGGGCAGACGAGGUGGACGAGUUCCUGCCGGGGCUCCGCACGCACCCCUACGGCAUCACCAUCGCACAGCCGCACUGCCCACCCGGUCAGAACCACUGCGGCGUGAACAACGGCGGCUGCUCGCACCUGUGCGUGCCCAAGUCUGGGGGGCGCUCCUGCCUCUGUCCCGACACUCCAUCCGCCACCGAGCGCUGCUCCGAGGUGCGCCAGUAACCCAGAGGUUGGACGCGGCCUCGCCAGACCCACGGACGUUGGAUGGAAAAAAAGAAAGCUUCCAAUUCCCGCCGCAGCCGCCGUGAAAGACAAAACGGAGAAACCCCGCAAGCGUCGAACACGUUAAACGGCGGGGGCGGGAGGGCCCCCCUCCUACACACCCCCCCCCACCACCCUACCCAUGCAGUCGUUCCUGGCUGACUUCGCCAGGGCCUUAAAUCUGGUCGUGAAAACAAAAUGAACCCAGAGAAAGUUAGCAGCCACGCCGGUGAAUAUUGGGCAGCCGCUAGAAUGAAAGACUAAAAACGUGGUGCCGAAUGCAAUGAAACUUAAAAAAAAGUCGCAACGGGUACACUUACACUCCGGAAGGGAUAUAGGUGGCCAAUUUGUUUGGACACAAAAAAAAUGCACGGCGACGUUUAAUUAAAUGCAGCUUCAGUGCUCGAGUAGGGCUCUUGUUGGCUUGGCCCGGACGAGCGCGCACACAGCGCGCUGCCCGGUCCGUUAGGGACGCGGUUCUUUUCCGAAGGCGUGGUUUUCUCAUCUUGUCGUGGGUAUAAUUGCGACUUUUGAUAACGGCUUGUCAGCUGUAUAUGGCAAAUCCAGACUUUUUAUAUAUCUUAUUUCUCUUAAAGGGGGCAUUGACCCCCAGAAGUGAGAUGAGAGAAUUCUAUUGAGAGUUAUAUGCGGAUGGUAUUUUUUAGGGGGAUACACAACAAAUGUCAUUAGAAUCCAACUUAAAUUCGUAUGUUAAUUGCGUAAACAAGCACACAAUGAAAUACCCUCGGCGUGAUAAGAGAAAAGCUGUACUUACGAAGCAUUAUUAAAUCAAUGAGAAGCACUGUGCAGGGACGUACGUUUAAGUGGCAAGAGUGGAAUAUUGUGAAAAUGGGCACAUUACACAAGGGCACUAGUGUUAUCUUCAGGGCAUUGUGUUCCGAAUGAAAGAGCGUCUCCGUGUCCUUUUGUUGGCUCACGUUUGUGCUGUCGCAACAAAGGAACAGCAUUGUUCCGAGGCUAAUUGUGGGAAUUGACGCAAGCUGCCUGGGUUGGGUGUUACACCAGAGCAUGGCUCAAAUCCAUCAGCACUGUUGGGCAACUGCUUUAGAAAAGUUGACAACGUUUCUAAAAAAUAUCUAUAUACACGUACAAACACGACAAACAUUUUGUCUAUUCCCACUGGUAAAUACGUAUAGCGUCUAUUCAGCCUGCCGUGUCAUGUAGCCACGCACCGCCGCACACAAACACGAACCACCUCGCGAGGAAGAUAUGAACAUCCUAGGCUCCACACGUUGGUGAAAUGUAUUUAGUGGGGUAAUGGAAAUAAAUACAUUUUAACGGGAAUGUAUAUAUGCACGGUUGUGGGAUCGCACGCGUAUGUACAAAGCACACACACGCACACACACGUACUCUCAUAUACCCGUUUCCAUGGUAACACUCGAGCGUCGUCACCUAUAGAAAUAUAUAUAUAUUUUUUGGUGCUUUUUUUUUCAAUCAAACUUGUGUUUCAAUAGUUUAAAGUUAAUUCUAACGCAGCCCACCCAGUUCCCCGUUAUUCUGUUGCCGUUUCUGUUGAGCACUGCUAGUGUAAUUACUUUCAGAAUAAGGCCACCUUUUUAUUUCGUACGACAAAGAAUCUUUGUCAAAUAUCGUAUUAAAACACGUCAUGCAAUUUAAUGUGAGGCAUUACAGCACUAAUUGCAACUGUUGGAGACGAAUUUUAUAACAGAGCUAUUUUAAAUGGUUUGGCACAGUAUGAAUCGAGCUCUCAAAAAAAAAAAGAGGCCGUACUUUUAUUAACAAUAUGAUACCUCAUUUUGUAUUCUGUGUAAUUUUCUAUAAUUAUAUCAAAGUAUCUUCUUUUUUUGUGGAAGCAAUUGAAAUCUCAGCUGUCAAAAGAUGAACGCAUUUAAUUUUCUUUGUUUUUCUAGGUCAAGGUGCUAUUGUGUUUGUAUUUUCGCGUAUACCGCAGACAAUUUGCUUACGUGGAAAUUAUGUUUAAUCCCCGUGACUGUCAUAUUUUACGUUACACUCAUUGUGAAUGCACAACACAUCAAUUAUGAAUGCAGCAGAAGUAAAAUCGUGUUAUCUCGUUUAGCGGAACACAUUUUGUAGCCAGAUUUGUGUUUGGGUCUCCAGCAGACUCGCAAACGAGAUGGGAGCGCCAGUAACUUAAACAACCGCUCACUUUGUGCUGUUGAUGUCAGAACGCUGAAAAUAGGGAAAAUGACACUCGACAAAACUCUUGCGUAUUUCAGAUUAUUUAGUUCUUUUACAAGCGUAAAAUCUCGGCAGAUGCGAAUUAUAUUUUGUCAUUUAUGCAGUCGUAACGAGUAAAUAUACAUGUUGUCACACGCCCUACAUGCAACGGUUUUACCUGCAAAUCAAAACCAAUACUGUAUUUCCAAGCAGUGCAGCUCCUGUUCACUUGGUAAAUGUGACAUUCUGAAAAUUAAAACCACUGCAGCUUA